UGUUCGGGUUUUCUCUGAGCUUCACUGAUGGAUCUGCAGAAGCUGGACAUCACAGAGCGGGAGACCUCGUGGUUUCCAUGGAAACGCCACAUGUCUCCAUGGAGAGAGCCGCUGUGUGAUUCUCAGCCCGGUUCUGGUGGGUCUGGUUCUGGUGGCACUGGUCUAAUUCAAAGCAUUUCUAAGAAAAACGAAGUGGAAGCAUCGUUAUGUAAAGAAAUGACCGCGAAAAUUCAGUUUUUAUUCAUUUUAUUUACCAACUUCGCUUCGCGGCGAUUUGCGGAAGUUUGUCCCACGUCGCUUUCCGUCGGCAGCAGAAGGCGGAGAAGUCGAGGGUCGCGGCAGAGGUGCAUGCUGGGAAAACACGUGCUAAAACCAAAGGUAAACUUUCUUAUUUUCUGCGGUGAGUCGCUGCUUUCCCGACUGGUACCGGAGUUCUGGUUCCGAGGACCGUUCCGACGGAACCGCGAACCUUUCAUGUUCUGUUUCCUCUCCAGUAUGUCGUCCCAGAAGAUGCCGGAGAGCGAUCCCCGCUUCGUCCGGGUCCAGAAGGACCCGAGGUUCUGGGAGAUGCCUGAGAGGGACCGUAAGAUCAGCAUCGACAAGCGGUUCCGGUCCAUGUUCCACGACAAGCGCUUCAAGGUGAAGCAGACGGUGGACAAACGGGGCCGGCCUGUCAGCCACUCCACCGCAGAAGACCUGCGGAGGUUCUACCAGCUGUCCGAGUCCGAGGAGGAGGAGGAGGGGGAGGAGCAGGGGGAGGAGGAGCAGGAGCAGGAGCAGGAGGAGCAGGUCCGAGGAGAUGAAGCCCAGCCGCGAGGAAGAGGAGGAGCGGAUGAAGACAAGGACCCGUCUGCUGGCGGGACAGACGACGUCUCUGAUGAGGAUGAGGAGGCGGGGCGGUCCGAUGACGAGGAGGAGGAGUCCGGUCUGGACUCUGGGGACGACAGUGACAGUGGACCGGACCUGGCCCGGGGGAAGGGCAACGUGGAGACCAGCUCGGACGAGGAGGAGGAGGAGGAGGUGGACUCCAUCCUCCGGAGGGAGGAGGAGGAGAUCCAGCACGACUGGGGAGAGCUGUGCAAGGACGCCCCACGGGGUGAGCAGGUGUCCACUCGGCUCGCCGUCUGUAACAUGGACUGGGACCGCAUGAAGGCCCGAGACCUGCUGGUUCUGUUCGGCUCGUUUGCGCCUAAAGGGGGCGCCGUGCUGUCCGUGAAGAUCUACCCGUCAGAAUUUGGGAAGGAGCGGCUGAAGGAGGAGGAGACCCGGGGACCGCCGGAGCUCAAGGCACUGGCCGACGACUCGGAGGACGACACGGAGGAGGAGAGAGUCUACAGGGAGAAGAUCCGCGACUACCAGUUCAAGCGUCUGAAGUAUUUCUACGCCGUGGUGGAGUGCGACUCGGCCGAGACGGCGGCCAAGAUCUACGAGGAGUGUGACGGCUUCGAGUACGAGAGCAGCUGCUCCGUGUUGGACCUGCGGUUCGUUCCUGAAGACAUGAAGUUUGAGGAGGAGCCCCGAGACGAGGCCACCCACGUCAACACGCCCGCCUUCACGCCCAAACUCUUCACCUCCUCGGCUGCCGCCACCUCCAAGGUGCAGCUGACGUGGGACGAGACGGACCACGAGCGCCUGACGGCCCUCAACAGGAAGUUCAACAAAGACGAGCUGCUGGACAUGGACUUCAGAGCCUACCUGGCCUCCUCCAGUGAGGAGGAGGAGCCUCCGAGUGAGGAGGAGGAGGAGGCGGGUGGAGGUGUCACAGAGGAAGCUGUCGGGGACACGAAGAAGAAGAAGAGCGAGGAGCAGAUCUCCAAGUACAGAGAGCUGCUGAAGAGCAUCCAGAGCAAAGACAGGAGGCCGCAGGAGGACGAGGACAUGGAGAUGGAGGUCACCUGGGUUCCAGGACUGAAGGAGACCACAGAGAAGCUGGUGAAGAAGAAGCUGGAGGGGAGGGACCAGCUGACGCCGUGGGAGGAGUUCCUGCAGAAGAAGAAGCAGAAGAAGAAGCAGAAGAGGAGCGGGAAGCAGCAGGAGGCCUCAGAGGAGGAGCUCAGCGAUGACCCGCUUCCUGCCGACGUCGACCUCAGUGACCCCUUCUUUGCUGAGGAGCUCGGAGCGUCAGGUGAUGUCAGAGACGUGAAGAGGAAACAGAAGAAGAAGAAAAAGGCGGAGAAAGCCGACAACAAGGAGGAGCUGGAGAAACAGCAGGCUGAGAUGGCGCUGCUGAUGGAGGACGACACGGACGACCCCAGACACGCCCACUUCAACUACGACCAGAUCGUGGAGCAGCAGAACCUCAGCAAGAAGAAGAGGAAGAAGCUCCUGAAGAAGGGGGAGGAGCUACUGGAGGACGACAGCUUCCAGGUGGACGUGGAGGACCCGCGCUUCCAGGCCAUCUACACCUCCCACCUGUUCAGCCUGGACCCCUCCCACCCCAGCUACAGGAAGACCCGGGCCAUGCAGAGCCUGCUGGAGGAGAAACGCCGCCGCCGAGAGGAGCAGCAGCGCCACCUGGAGGACACGCUGGACGCUCAGGAGGCCACGCCCCCACACAGACAGGAAGCAGCCGCAGAGAGGCGGGAAAAUGACUCUGAGAGAGAGACGCCAAAGACGGGGAUGGACCCGAGUCUGUCGCUGCUCGUCAAGUCGAUAAAGAGCAAGACGCAGCAGUUCCAGGCCCGCAAGAAGCAGAAGACGCUGUAGGCGGGGCCAGCCUGCUGUGGGCGGGGCCAGCCUGCUGUAGGCGGGGCCAGCCUGCUGUAGGCGGGGCCAGCCUGCUGUGGGCGGGGCUCAGCCUGCUGUGGGCGGGGCCCAGCCUGCUGUAGGCGGGGCUCAGCCUGCUGUGGGCGGGGCCAGCCUGCUGUAGGCGGGGCCCAGCCUGCUGUAGGUGGGGCCCAGCCUGCUGUAGGCGGGGCUCAGCCUGCUGUGGGCGGGGCCAGCCUGAUGUAGGCGGGGCUCAGCCUGCUGUGGGCGGGGCCAGCCUGCUGUGGGCGGGGCUCAGCCUGCUGUGGGCGGGGCUCAGCCUGCUGUGGGCGGGGCUCAUGUUUGACUGAACGUUUCAACGGUCACAUUGUAAAUACAGAACCGACUGGUUUCAGAUUCUCGGAUCUACUCUGCUGCUCAGGAAAGAUUCUGAGGUUCUGUGUUCUGAUGGACCCGUUCCUCUGCAGACCCGAUCAGUAGCGAGUCCCAAGAGAAAUUUGAUUGUUUUAAACGCUCCAACCUGAUCUUCAUUCUCUGCGUUUGUUCGGUUCUGCAGGUUCAAAGGAUUUCAAAAUAAAACCUUCUUCCUGUGUAUCUUCAAA